AUGGCCCAUCCCAUCAUUCAUAAAACUCCCAAGGCAAAAUUAGCCGCUGCUCAUGAAAAGUGCCAAUGUCAUUAUGCCAAAGAACUUAUUCUCAAAAGACGGAGGGAUCUUCACAGUCCCAAGCGUGACAUGAAGGAAUCACAAAUGAUCUUGAAAGCUAUUUCUAAAGGCCUGCAUGGCUCUACCAGUGAUGAGGACUCUGAGUCCGAGUCUGAACCUGAUGAAGAGAAUUCUUCUGAUGAUGUUGACCUAUCCGAUCUCACACAAUAUUUGUUCGCUCUCAAGAUCAUCAAGGAUGAAAUGUUGGCAUUGACAGAUGAUCCUUGUGCCUUCGUUCAAGGUGUCUUCCAAGAGUACAUUAAGACCUUGAAUAGCAGCGCUAAAGGUGAUGUCACCAUCCUUGAAACACCAAUGGCCACAGUUCAGGGCUUACUGAAUCACAUCAUUCCCAUUCAAGACCAGAUUCUUAAUUUCUGUGGAAUUUCACCUGAGUGGCGAGCGGCUGACUCUGUGUCUCAUUUUCUCAGGACUAUUCUUGCAUAUCUAGAGGAUAUCCUAUGUAUUUUGACAUUUGAUGGACUGACAGAGCUUGCAUUGGCCCACUCAAUGGGAGAGUUUAUGUACCAGAAAGGCAUUAAAAUUUGA